GGUGUGACCUGUAGUUUAUUACUUUUUCUAGCUCCCGCCGCCAUCCGCCGCCAUUGCCUGAGCAUCCAAAGAGAAGCGAACAUCGGCAGUGGCGCUUGGCGAGUUGUUUGAGGCCAAGGAUGGCCAAACGGAAGAGACCUGAGGAGGAGGAGGCUUUGGAAGAGGAGGAAUCUGAGGAGUGUGAAGAGGAGGAAGAAGAGGAAGAGGAAGACGGAGAAGGAGAUGAAAGCGAGUUGGACAUCAACGUUGAUGACAAUGGCCGUAUUUGCAGCACGGAAGGACCACUGACUCGGUCCAUGUGCUUGGAUCCACCGGUGCGUGUCUUUGAUGGGAUCCUCCCCAUUGAGCACCUCGACGCCUUGAAGGAAUGCUGCCGGACCUUCUUCCAGGCCAAGCCAAGCCGAGGGCGAUAUAGUUCUGGCAAGACCUUCUGGUCCGAGUGGAAUCAAGCUCCAAGAUGUGAGCUGGAAGCCCUUGCGCUGGCCAUUUUACAUCAGCACUGUCCCUCCCCCGCGGCGAACGCUGGGGUGGAAUGGUGGACCCUUUGUUUGGAUGAAAGCUCUGAAGUGGCGUGGCAUUGGGAUCGUGACUACAGCCUUGAGAGAUCUGGAGUCAAUGUGCAUCCAAUGCUUGGUACGGUCACAUAUUUGUCACAAGGAGAAGACUCCGACUCUGCACAGCUCAGUACACUGACCUUGGACGUGCUGUCCUCGGUGCAGCGCACGGGCGAAGAUGUGAUGUUGCCGCCCUCGGGCGGCAGCGCCUGGUGCACGGUGGUGCCACCAAGGCUGGGUCGGCACCUGGCCUUCGAUGGCCGUUUCCUGCAUGGCGCGACGGCGCCGAGAACGCGGCCAUGCCGUGGGCAGCGUGUGACUUUUCUGGCCAACAUUUGGGUCGGCCAUCAGCCAGGCAAUGCAUCCCCAUUGCCGACAGACUUGCAAGCCUUCACAGGGCCUGAAUCUAUGCGCAGUGUCGACAAGGCACUGAGCUCUCCAUUCCCAUUGCCAACGCAAGCCAAAGUGGUGGAGAUCGCUGCGAGCGAUGAGAUCAAGAACUUCCCUUUGGAGGGCGGGGAGCUGCGUGUGGUGCCACCACCAGGGGGCAACGACCUCGAGGUCCUGUCUUAUAUGACACCGGCCUCUUGGUCACUGUGUAUAGCCCGUCGCUACAAAAAGCCAGCGCCAGCUACGGCUCCCAGCAGCUCUGGCAGCCACAGCCACUGCCACAGCCACUGACCCCUGCGC